GGAAUAAUUCAUUCAAAUCGUACCACCCUUGGAUUUAGUCAUAUUUAUGUUAUUAAUCUUGAGUAUAGAACAGAUAGACAUAAAAGAAUGGAAGCUUUAGGGAAUUAUCUUGGUUUAGAUUUAGAUUUUUUUAAAGCCGUUAGUAAAUACGAUAUUGCAGCGCUUAGUAGACUUAAUGAAAGUGAUCUAGGUGCAGGUGUUAAGGGUUGCUAUCUAAGUCAUUAUGAAAUCUUCGAAUCAAUUAUUGAAAAUGAUUAUGAAAGUGCUUUAAUUUUUGAAGAUGACGUGGAUAUAGAACUUAAUAUUACUGAUAUCAUGACUGAAGUUCAUCAUAAUUUACCUGAUGAUUGGGAUUUACUAUAUCUUGGCCAUUGUGCUGAGCAGGGUAGCAAAUACAUCAAAACCAAUUUAACCGUUCAUGUACUACAUAAAUCAGGAUUUGCACAAUGUUUACACUGCUAUGCAGUUACAAUUAAAGGAGCCAGGAAGUUAAUAGAAAAGCUUAACAUUGAUAAACCAGAAAACCAUGUCGAUAUUGAUAUACCUAAUCUU